GUUGAUCAAAGGAGGGGAAACGAUUAGGUUUCAUUGUCUCUUUCAAGUUUUCGCUCCCAAUGAGUUCCUACCUAGCCAAGGUUGAGAUCUAUGGCUUGCACAAUCCUCGUAUAUAAGAUCAGCUUCUCGACAACAAGUGAAACUCGACGUUCUUCAACUCACCUGCAAUGUCCGAAAACAUGUCAAACAAACUAUCACUUUUCGAAACACUCCCACAGGAGCUUAUUUACGAAAUAGUCAACGAUCUUGAACGCCAUGACCUCUCAUGCCUUUCGAGAACCAGCAAAACGCUACGAUUCAGGACACUUGGAAGUUUAAUGAAAAUCAUUAGAUUCAAAUGGCAUGCGGACAAGCAAUGUAAGCAUUCUCCUUGCAGCAUAGUUAAUGCCAAACUUGAUUGCUAUAGGCUCUGUGAGCCACGAAUCAACUUACUCCUGCGAACCUUUAUGGAAAAUCCCACACUCGCUGAUCUAGUGACUGGACUCGAAUUUACGGUCGGGAAAAACCCCUAUGGAACUAGACAACUAAUACAGGGGGAAAUCCGGGUUUACCAAUCGGAUCAUCCGAGUCGAAUGGGAAUCAAUGGUGGAGCGCUGGAAUCGGGGAGAGGAAUGGCUGUCCCCAAGACGCAAUUUCCAGACAUACUCUCGCACAAAUAUUGGAAGCGUGAUGUUGCGCAUCAUCCAGGUCUGCCAAUCGUUCUCCUCUCAUGGUCAUGUCCAAAUCUGUCUUUGUUUCGGGUCGAUUCGGCAUUUUUGCAGGACAACGAGUACUUCGAAAACAUGGUUGCUAAACUUGAUUACACCAAUAACGAUGAUCGAUCAUACUCGGGGUUCCAGAAAUUACGAGCCGUCAAGCUGGAGGAUAAAGGAUGGGCAAAGGAUCCUAUACUCAAGCCGUACCUUCAUCUUCUUAGGUGUCCCACGCUCGAGGAGUUUGCCAUCAACCCGGAAGCUGUUUGGUCUAGGCAUCCCGAGAUCUGGUACCAUAUUGUUCCUCAGGAUGCAAAGCUCAAGACUCUUCGUCUUUGCUGCAAUACUAUUGAUACUGGGAGACUAAAUGUGCUGUUUACCGAUUAAAGUCGGUGGAGGAACUCGAAUAUAC